GGGUUCCGCCCUUUAGGGCAAAGGUUCGGGGACUGAAUAGUUGUCCCAGCUUCGCUCACUGAAGAAACAGAGUUCUCCUGUAAACCAUGCAGGCUCCGAGAGAAAUGGCUUGAUUUUCCCUCACUCCGGACCCCUAUCUCUGCCAAGGCCUUCCGCUUUCCCCUUAACCCUGCCCAGCAUUGGCCUGUUGAGAAGUAAAAACUACAACCUCCAGAGCGCUUCGCGCCGAGGUCUGGCCUCCAUGAAUCAGGUGGCUCAAGUCAGAUGACAGCUAGCCCGCCCUCACACAAAGUCAGCGUGGCCCGGGGAAUCAGGCGGACACCCUGAGGCCUAGAGACUGGCACGGCAAAUCGUCAGGGCAGCCUACCGCGGAUCCAGCCCCCCUCAACAGCGCCUGGGUUCCAUCUCCUGUCACCAGUUGACAGGGCUGACCUGAGUUCUGUGAAAUCAAGGAUCAUGAUAAGGAAUUGGCUGCUUAUUUUUAUCCUUUUCCCCCUAAAGCUUGUACAGAAAUGUGAAUCAAAUAUCAGCCUCACCGUGCCGCCCGUUGUGAAACUGGAAAAUGGCAGUUCAACCAAUGUCAGUGUCACCCUGGGGUAUCCAUUAAAUACAACCUUGGUGAUCACCUUUGAAAUCACAUUUCGUUCAAAAAAUGUUACUAUCCUUGAACUCCCUGAUGAAGUUGUAGUGCCGCCUGGAGUGACAAAUUCCUCUUUUUAUGUGACUUCUCAAAAUGUUGGACAAGUGACUGUUUAUCUGCAUGGAAAUCAUUCCAAUGAGACCAGCCCAAGAAUACGCUUCUUGGUGAUCCACAGCAACAUUGUUAGCAUCAUAAACCAGGUGAUUGGGUGGAUCUACUUUGUGGCCUGGUCCAUCUCCUUCUACCCUCAGGUGAUCAAGAACUGGAGGCGGAAGAGCGUCAUUGGUCUGAGCUUCGACUUUGUAGCCCUGAACCUGAUGGGCUUCGUGGCCUACAGCGUGUUCAACAUUGGCCUCCUGUGGGUGCCCUACAUCAAGGAGCAGUUUCUCCUCAAAUAUCCCAAUGGCGUGAACCCUGUAGACAGUAAUGAUGUCUUCUUCAGCCUACAUGCGGUCGCCCUCACCCUGAUUGUCAUCAUGCAGUGCUGCCUGUAUGAGCGAGGCAGUCAGCGUGUUUCCCAGCCCGCCAUCGGCUUCCUGGUACUCUUGUGGCUCUUCGCCUUCAUCACCAUGAUUGUGGCUGCAGCUGGGGCAACCACAUGGCUGCAGUUUCUCUUCUGUUUCUCCUAUAUCAAGCUCGCUGUCACACUGGUCAAGUAUUUUCCACAGGCCUACAUGAACUUUUACUACAAAAGUACUGCAGGCUGGAGCAUUGGCAAUGUGCUCCUGGACUUCAUAGGGGGCAGCUUUAGCCUCCUCCAGAUGUUCCUCCAGUCCUACAAUAACGACCAAUGGACAUUGAUCUUCGGAGACCCAACAAAGUUUGGACUUGGCGUCUUCUCCAUCUUCUUUGAUGUUGUCUUCUUCGUUCAGCACUUCUGUUUGUACAGAAAGAAACCAGGGCUUCAGGCAGCACGCACAGGUCCUGACAAUCGUCUCAGGUGGAACUGGGUGCAGAGCUUGCAGCUGAAGGCCUUUCCCCAAACAACCAGUGUUUCUGGGAGCACCUGGAAGGGCUGACCUUGCAGCCAGGAGAGCCAAGGGCACUUUGCUGCCACUGCUGUGUUCCCAGAGACCAAGUAGCCAGGUGCUGUGGCCAAUGGACUCAAAGGUGCUGGUGGUGGAGGGGCAAGGAUUUGGGGGUUGGGCCUUGGGGUUCUUUCUCUGAAGGCCUCCAAGACUCUCAUUCUACAUAACUCAGUUUCCACAACAACAGUAACAGAUGGCCCUGGCCAGAGCCUGGUGAAGAGGAUUUCUGAGCCUUGAGAUGCCUGCCAGAUCAAUUCUGAAAAGAAUUGAUGCCCAGUGCCCUCUGGACCUGUAUCAUAGAAAGUCAGAUAUCACACUAACUCCAUUCACAUUUUUUUGAAGGAAUAUUUUGGAAGUGACCUACUUUCUUUUGCCCUCUCUCCUACCUCCACUUUUUGAGAGUCAGAUGGGGCCCCUUCUGAACACCCACACUGCUCCUAACCCAGCACUUGUACAACAGGACAUACUCUACCAGCCUGUGCCUUAGAGGCCUGUCUGACCUGCCAAGUGGUAAGCAAAUUAAUUUCCCAUGGAGGGGAGAGCAGGCCCCCAUCCCUCUUUUCCCAGACCCCUUCCCAAGAUGCUCCAGUUUUUUUUACCUCAAAAUACUUGAUACCAUCUCACACAAUGCUUGUGGGUGUAAUCUCGAUUUCAAACCUCCUUCCCUUCCACCCCAGCCUGUUAUCCUUCCUAGGGCAGGUAGGGAGGGUCCCAGGAUGUGCCUUGAGUUUGCCUGUCCAUACUUUUUUACUACAAGGCCAAUGUGAGGGGCCUAUAUCCUUUUUGUUUUAUUUUCAUGGUGUCUAUAUCCUUAAUUAAAACUGGCUUGUUUCCUUUCUGCAUACUCCACGCAUUUGCUAGAUGCAGAAGGCUGCUGCUAUGCUGGCCUUUAGAGCUAAGCCCUGGGGUCUUAGGGAGAUGGCCUUAUCGUGUAAAGAAGGGUGUAGGGCCACGGAGUUCACUGACCCAAGGUGGCUGUGUGCUUAUCCUGCGCUUCAUUGGGUAUGUCCUCUUGGGUAGUGCAAGACACCUGCCCACUCAGGGCCAGGUAGGUGUGUCUCAUGGUUACCUCGUAUGCCAGCACUAAGGUAUACCACCAGCAUGUGCAAGCUGCAGAUGUGGACAAGGGUUAGAAAAGGUUUUUAAGGGCAUGACUACACUGGAAGCAGAGAAAUGAGGGUCUUAUUUUCCAGAUUAUUCUGUCCAGCUAUAAUGGAUUCAAGGAAUUUAAGGUCUUGUUUCCUUAGAGCAGAAAAUGUAGCCCAACCAUGAUUACAGACCUGUUUUAUUUGGGUCACCCAGUGAUUUUUAUAAAAUAUGUCAUUGGGUACUGCACUUUAAAAAUGGGAGAUUUCAAAUUUUGGACUUUUCUUUACAAAUCUGAUUUGGCAGUACAAGGUGGAUCCAGAAGUGGCAGCACCUUCCCAAAGCUGGUAGGCAGAGGACUAGAUGCUCACUGCUUUACUACCUGGCCAGCUCUCGACUCUUGGGAACAUCCAGGAUUAUGUCCCUGUUUGUGGCUCAGAGUACUCUCUCAAGUCUCAGAGGUGGGUGCUUUUCCCAUGAACCCCAGAGUGCCCAAGAGGCCCCUCUCGGGUGCGAACUGAAGCGAGGUUACACUGAAGUACCCACAACUUGCCCCAACUUCCCUUGUGUAACUUAGCUUCACAGUGACACUCAAGAGACACCCCAGGUUUCCCACCUUAAUUGCAGUGAAGGUACACCCAGACAUACAGAUGUGGCCUUUGCCAGGUACAGGUGUUUCCACUGAAGCUCCCCACACCUACCACCCAUCAUGGUACUAGGGAUUGAAUGCUUCCCCUGUAUCAGGAAGCACUUUACCACUGAGCUAUAUCCUCAGCUCCCACUAAGGCUUCUAAGACAACACCAGCCACACCCUUUUCCAGGCAGGUGGGCCUGAGAAGAGUUGGGCUUUAUCUCAGAAUAAUGAGAGGCAGGCUACCAAUCCUUAAAACCAAAGCAUCUGUCCCAGUAAAUAUCUCUACCCCACACCUCAGCAAGGAUCUCUCAUGAAUUCCAGCGUUCUUUAUUGGACAUGAGAUGUUGGGUGUGGGACAGCAUCAUACUACCCCGUUUCCAUGGUAACCAAAGUAAGGCUAUUCACGUGCUAAGAGUAGUUGCUCCCAGAUGUGAAUUAGUAAGCUAGAUUCAAAACUACAACUGGCAUCUCCAAACAGUAAGAUAAAAACGCUGUGUAUAAAAGUUGUGAUUAAAAAAAUACAAAAGUUAAAUCCAAGGACAUAGAGGAAAAUGGCAAUCCUGAGAGCUGCCCUGAAAUGUCAGCUGAACCUCAGCUAAAUCCUGUAAGUCGUUAAACCCUGGGGAGGCCAGCACCCCUUGGGGGAGUAAGGGUGAAUGAGAGGCUACCAGUUGUCAUCCAGAUGAACCUUCAUAGUGCCUCCAGCAGUGUGGGGAUCUAGCCCCCUGCUGGGCAGUAUGGGGUGGAGAGUAUGUGGCAUGGGCACUGUGAAAGUGACACAGGAGGGCAGGGCGAAGCCCUGCAGCUGGGGCAAAUCAGGGAAAGCCAGUCCCAACUGGCAUUUCCCAGCUUUGGCAGCUCUCGGAAAGUGUUUUCUGCUUGCCUGGGCACUGCUGAAGCCAGGCAGCACAGUCAGUGGGCUGAGCCUGUGGUCACUGCAGACUGGCUACCACUCAGCUCCAGGCCCUUGUUUCCAAUCCUCAGUAUCCCAGGGAGAGACCUGGUCCCAGAUCCUUAGACUGGAGUGGGAAGGGAAGAAGGGCUGGCUCAGGCCUCUGGGAUCAGCUGUCACCCUUCUGAGCUGGGGCCCAGCAUGCAGCAGAAGCCAGGACGGAAGAGCGAACAGAGCGUGGAAAUGGUAUCGCUGUACAAAUAGGCAGACAGGCGCGAGGUAAGGACCGCAGGCGGGCUGCUAGGACAGCAUGGACUGCUGCACGGCCUUCUGCAGCGACUGCCGCGUCACCAGCAGGCGCACCACCUCCUCUGAACGCUUGGUGAGCCGUUUCCGGGCCUGGUCGUGUGUGACCAUGGUCAUGUCCCAGCCAUUCACCUGGCCCAGGGAGAGAAAACAACCCACCUCAGUUCCUUGCCCUCUGGGAUCAGUAAGCAGAGGGCUUCGGAGUACCUAGGUCACCCAAGCAGGCCCCAGGCCAAUAUCCCCAAAUGUGGAGAUGCCAAGCACUGGAGCUGAGAUACAAAGAAGAGCCUUCCUCUAUGGGCAACACCAGCAUGGCUUCCAACUGGCUUUGGUGAGUCCCUCUCUGCAGGAAGGCUGGGCCAGUCUUCCCCACAACCCCAAGUGCUUCAGCCCCCUUGGUCCAAACCUUAGUCUCUCCUCCUCUGGGUCACCUGUUACCUGCAUGAUCUUGUCUCCAAUCUGCAGCCCAGCAAUUUCAGCAGGACCUCCUUCAGAUACACGUGUGACAUAAAUGCCCUGAAAGAGGGAGCCCAGGUCAAGACUAGUAGUCACUGGACUUGCCUCUUAUCCACAGGGCAGAGCCCAGCAUAGCAUACUCCCAGCCAUUCCUGUCCUUGGACCCAGCCUUCCCCAGCACACUCCACCAGUGCAGACUGUGCCAGGACAGCCAGGGAAAAGCAUGGCUGCCCCAGGGAUGCUCCAGCCCCUGCUGAUGACCACCUCCUGCUUUUGGGCUGUCUAAGCAGGACUUCAUACAGCUGAGAGGCCCACUCCCCAUCCCAACCCCUCCUUUUCCCACCGUAUUAUAUCUGAUGGGUCUGACAAAAAGAUCUGCUCCUUCCACGCAGGCCCAGGAAGCAAAGUCCCACCAUCUCAGGUCUCUAUGCCCCAUGGAAAGGUCCCAGGAUCCUAGUUCCCUCUCACCUUGUCUGUCUUGUCUUCUGAGAAGGGAUUUUGAGAGGGAUCCUGGUCAAUUCCACCUCCAAUGCUGAAGCCCAAGAUUAAGUUCUCACCUUGACGCAACUUGUGAAUUUCAACUCUUUGCUGGCAAAGGAAAGAAAAAAAAAAGUGAGUUGGGGAGCCCGGGGUUCGAUGCUUUUUGUCACCCUGUUUGGAUGUCAGUUUAUCGCUCUGCAAAAUGGGGGCAAGCUAAGACAAGGAGCCCGCGCGAGCGCACUCACCACCACGGCGGUGACCGGCU